UCAGAUGACGUAGGGUGAAGUAAUAUGUGUUUUUUGCAGCUGGAUAGAAAAAAACAGAAACGCUUUGUCAUGUUUCACACUUUGGCCUGAGUGUGUGUGACAGAAACGAUUAGUCAGCAGGACAAACACAUUUAGUCACAUUCUCCUGGGCCUGUUUGAAGACUGACCGGAUGCAGUUGUUUUUAAAUUAGCAGCUCGCUCUCUCUCUCUUUCCCUCACACACACACACACACACACACACACACAAACACAGUCGGUUCUCCUCUGGCCGUGUCUCUGCUUUUCUCCCCACGCCGCAUCUGUGAGUUUUUUUGUGAUUAUGGCUGUAAAUAAAACGUACAUUAGUAUCGGCUAUUCCUCGUUUGGAAUGCUUAUGGGCUUCUCUGCUUUCCUGGUGUGGAACAUCGUGUACAACCAGCCGUGGACUGCGGCCAUGGGAGGACUGUCAGGUGUGCUGGCACUUUGGACCUUGAUCACUCACAUCAUGUACCUGCAGGACUACUGGAGGACCUGGCUGAAAGGCCUCAAGUUCUUCUUAUUCAUUGGGGUUUUCUUCUCGCUGCUGGCAGUCAUAGCCUUCAUCACCUUCCUGUCUGUUGCCAUCAGCAGGAGAGAGUCCCUCACUAACCCUCAGAGCCUCUACCUGUCCUGUGUGUGGAGUUUCAUGAGUCUGAAGUGGUCCUUCCUGCUCGCCCUGUCCGCUCACCGCUACCGCAAAGAGUUCGCUGACAUCAGCAUCCUCAGUGACUUCUGAGAGCUUUAUUAAACAUCCCACAGUGACCACUCAGACUCUACAGCACACUCACCGUGCCAGCAUCCCAACCUGAGAGCGUCACAGUGUUCGAGAGACCGAGGACACUUUAAGAGGUAUCAGGGGGGAGUAUGAAAGAACAUUGUGUUGAGGAUGAGCACCAGUGUCUCCCCACCGAAAACCUCUUCUGUUUUUAUGUGUGCAGGAUUUGUUGCUGACUCUGACACUUUACAGACAAACGGCGCCCUGUUUUUUAUACGAUCCUUGACAGAUUUUAUUCUCUUACAUUUUCACUUCCUCAGCAUACUGCUUAGUCACGCAUCCGCACAAUUUCUUCCUGACAAAGUAAAUCGAAAAUGUGGUCUUUUUUAACCGUGACUCAGUGAAGGGAGUUGCUGUGUUUCAACACACUCCUCAGGGGUAAUUAUCAGUUGCAGCCACUAGAGGGAGUCACUUCUCCAACAAUUAAGUAACAUGUACAGUAUGUGUACUUUGUGAUUUUACAUUUAUGUAUUUUCUUUUCUCUAUAUCAGUGAAUGAUGAAAUAGCCUUAAGACAGACAUGUUUCCACAUACAGUUGACAAAAUGUGUAUAUCACAGUGGUGAAUGCAAUGCUUUAAUGUUGAUGUACAUCCACACACUGCUGUGAGUGUGUCAGGGUGUUGCAGAGGGCAGGUCACCCAAAAUCUUGCAACAUUAAAGCCAAUGGAUUCAUGUGCAAUGCCAAAUAAGCACCACGUGUACUGAUUCAAUGCAUUACUGAACUAUGAAGGGGCAUUUUUGAUGUAAAGAGUGUUUUUUGUAUUAUUUUUUAGCAGUGUGACUAAGAAUACUCAAAGAAAAGGACAGCGUUAGAUAUCAUAAGUGUGAAGACGUGCCUCGGCCGGGAGCUUUGAUUCACAGCAGCAGUGAUCCCACCAAUGUGCAUGCUCAAGUAUCCAUGUUGUUUUAUGAUAAAUCAUUGUCAUCAAAAACCUUGUUGCUCAAUGAGAUUUUUUUUUAUUUCCUUUAAAUGUUUAUCUCUGUACACUACCAUGUUAGAAAUGAAGUAUAACAUUGUGUAGCCACAUGCGUUACUUGAUUGAAUGAGUGUGAGUUUGUACAGGAGUGUGUCUGAGAGUCCUGAUAAUAAAAUAUGUUUUUUGACA